AUGGAUGAGCAGCUUCAGAAAUUUAUUCAAGAUAAUUCCGAUGUUCAAUCGACCGUGAAUGCAUUUCCUGAGCAGCAGCUGGUAGAGGAAGUCACAUCUGUAACUUGUGACGUAGAUAACGUUGUUCAGGUUAAAGUUUUGCGCGACCUUUCAUUGCUACUACCACUUAAUGAGGCAUGUUUGCUAACGGAAAACGAAACAAAAAAAAAUCUUCCUAAUAUGCCAGGGUUAAUGGAAUUGGUUGAUCGACCACCGUCUCAACUUUCAACACAUAGUGAACAGAAUCCGUGGCAAACAAGGAAGCGGAAAAGUAAAAAACGCAGGAGAAAUCGCAAAAGUGAAAAUUUAGAUGAACCAUUGUAUGGUUUCAGAAUUCUAGCAAAUUUAAGGGUUGAAUAG